AUGUCGGAGACUGGCCGCGGAAGGGCUUCCAAUGCCCGGCCGCCCCUCGCAGAUGCUACCCAGCGCGUCAACAACACUUCAUCCAAAGUCCCCGUCGUCAAAUCAUCAAAGUCACGCGAUAAAUCUUCGAGCAGAGCCCAUCACAACAUCACAUCCGAUGAGCUCCCCAUAACCCAUGCGCGAGCAGCAGCUUCCGCCGCCAGCUCUCGUAACCCUGUGGCAAGAGCGAGAGCGUCGCAAGACACCGACCCAACGAAGCGACACUCGCAGGUAUCGCAGGCCUCUACCGCUGCUUCUAGCAAACGAAGCAGCGGCUACUCUUACAAGACACACAUCGGACCAUGGCUACUCGGCAAGACCCUUGGAAAGGGUUCUUCGGCUCGUGUGAGGCUUUGCAAGCACCGCAUUUCUGGCGAAUUGGCCGCCGUCAAGAUUGUUCCCAAGAAAACCGCCUACCUGAUUCAGGCCGGUAGCCUCGCAGAGCUACACGACUAUGACGACAGUCUGCCUGAGAGAAUCAAUGGCGAGAUGCGCGUGCCCUUGUCCAUCGAGCGCGAAGUGGCCAUCUUGAAGCUGGUCGACCACCCCAACGUUAUGAAGGUGUAUGAUAUCUGGGAGAAUCGCUCAGAAAUUUAUCUGGUACUCGAGUAUGUCGAACAGGGUGACUUAUUCGACUACAUCAAUACCCAUGGUCGCUUCUCGGAGGAAGGCGCCAUGUUCGUUUUUCGGCAGAUGAUGAGCGCACUGCAAUACUGUCAUUCCUUCAACAUUUGUCAUCGUGACCUCAAGCCCGAGAACAUCCUCUUGACGGCCGACAACAAGGUUAAGAUUGCCGACUUUGGCAUGGCUGCCCUGCAUCAAUCCGCGGAUCAUCGCCUGGUUACUGCCUGUGGAAGUCCUCACUAUGCUGCCCCGGAACUUCUGAAGCACAAGCAUUAUCGAGGAGACAAGGCCGAUAUUUGGUCCUUGGGGAUCAUUCUCUAUGCCUUGCUGGCUGCAUGUCUUCCAUUCGACGACCCGGACAUCGGAGCUCUGUUACAGAAAACCAAGAGGGGAACAUACGAGAUUCCAGAGUUCUUGAGUCCGGAGGCCAAGGAUCUCAUUCGGCGUAUGCUCAUCGCCAAUCCUGACACAAGAAUCUCCAUCAAGGACAUGUGGCAGCAUCCUCUGAUCCGUAAAUAUGACUACCUCGACAACCUCAGCACCAACGGACAAUCAACGGACCUCCGGAAGAGCUUCCACUACACCCCGUUGAAGCCCCACGAAGUUGACCCCCACCUGGUCAGACAACUUCGGUCCAUGUGGCACAUGCUCACAGAACACCAGAUCAAGUUGAAGCUUAUGGAUUCCGCGAAAAAUGACCAAAAGCUUUUCUAUUGGCUCCUGUAUGAUUAUCGGAAGAAGCAACUGGAGAACUUUCUUCCAGAACUCACCCAAUCUCCGAGCGAUUACCAUCAUCUUCAUGAGCCUGUCUGGAAGAAGAGGGUGUCGACGGUCGAGUUCAAUCAGCCUCGUGCAGACGGCACUGGCAGAAGUGUUUCUCGUUUCACCGUCAUCUCUCAUGUCGCAGAGACAGAUGACGGAACGGUUCAAAGCUAUGAUCCCUACAACUCUAGCAAACCGAUGCGUGGCCACUCUCAGGCCAGUCAUGCCAAGAUUGUAGUACACCGCACUCGUCGUGGAUCUAUGAAACGAGAGAACACCCACACAAGCCAGCUGUCGCGCAUUAAAACUGGCUCAACGGUUCGUCAUUCUCGCGUCAACUCUCAGCGUACGGUUGCCUCUCGCUUCCAAUCUCCUCGCAACUCCAUGAAUUCCCUGCACAGCAGCAGACAGGGAACGCCUUACGCACGGCCAGCUUCUCGCCACAAGCGCGGUAUCGACUUUUCUCACAUAAGAAGAAAGUCCAACGAGCACGGCGAAAAGCGGCGUCGAGGAACUCCCCUCACGAUUCCCACCGAGGGCGAGGUGAGGGCCAAGUCUCCAACGAGUCCCGUCAGUCCCGUCAGUCCCGUGAGCCCCCCGAAGCAGGUUUCGGUCAUGGACAGGCCCAGACCGAAGCUGAAGAUUGUUAAACCUCGGGAUCCUGUUCACGUGGUCAACGAAGAAGUGCGAAACUUCAGUCACAGCAUUGCCAAAGACUGCGACGAAAUCUUCGGGAACUCGAUGAUCGCCGACGAACCUAGCGAGUUAGGUACGGACGAUGGUUCAGAUGGAAAGCGAGACUCCAGACUUUCGUUCACCAUUCCGACUCCAACAUCCGCGCAAGCGAAUACUCCCUUCCAUCCGUGGGAUACGCGCCCUCUGCCCCCUCUGCCUCCUCCCAAGAAGCAAGCUCCGCCUAUACCUGUGACGGCGAAGACCGAAAAGGUUAAUGAUAAGACGAGAGAUGGACAUCAGACUGGCCGAGUCGGAAAGUUUGUCGAUCAAGUCAACCGCCUGGGCUUUCCCUCUUUGAUGGCCAAGCAGGACCGGCGUACUGUUUCUGCACCUCCACCCAGUCAAAACGGCAUGACAUCUGCCCGUCUUCCAGCAAUCAAUGAGAAUGGACGAGAGUCGGAGUCUUCAUACUAUCCAGGGGACAAUGACAGAAACCGCAUCGUCUCUGCCCCGCCUAAGACCCCAAGUGGCCGGGCCAACGCAGAUGGGUUGGAGUAUCUUGUCGGACGAGGCGACACGAUACGGGUGGUCAACUCUCCUAGUGCGACGAGCCCCGUUCCCAAGCCGCUCAACGUGCGGAAGAAGACGGCCGACCGCCCAGCUCAAGGUGACCCAGUUGACGAGCGAUGUGUAUACAUGCACGGAGCUUCCGGCACAGACGAGCCGCCAACGCCAUCGACGGGAACUUACAGCAGCGGGCCCGGCAAGCAGAAGAAGUCAUUGUGGUUCAAGCGAUCCUCGAAGGACAGCACCUCCCAAGAGGGCAGUAUCCAUACUGUUGCGACCCAAGAGACACAGGCGUACAGCAUGACAAGCCAGUCCACCGACCCUGCUCGAUCAGAGAUCCAGCCUCAUGUUGUACCCCCACCGGUGCCGGCAAAGAAGAAAGGUUUUGGUCUUCUAUUUUGGAAGAGCAACAAGGGCCCGGAAUAUGACGAUUCUCACUCUCCUGAGCCCACCCGAGGUAUUGGACACAAGCCGAGCCGAAAUUCCGCUAGAAGCUGGAAUGGCUCUGAGAGCGGGGUGCGCAACAUUGAGGUGCAGCAGAAUUGGCUGGCUCGGCUUUUUGGUGUGAAGCCCGCCACGAGCUACGUGUGCCUGGCCAUAUCGCGCAAGCGAGCUCGCCAAGAAAUUGCGAUUCUCCUUAAAGACUGGCGACGUUAUGGUAUGAGAGAUAUCCAGGUCGACAAGGAGAGAAACAUUGUGUUCGCCCGCUCGACCCGAGACGCUAUCAUGGCUGACAAGGAGUAG